ACAGCAAAAGGGUCUCUCUCAUUUCUAACCUAAUCACUGUGGAUAAAAAAUCUGGUGAAAUGGCUGCAGUGGAGGCUGAAAUUGGCUGUGAUUUUAAAGCUCACGUGUUCUCGUCCUCAUCAGAAUUGCUUGAAAAGCUGCACGAGAAGUGGAGUUCAGUGGAAAAGAAACCAUACCCAGCUAUGUAUUCCAGCAUAUUUGGUGGAAUUAUUCUUGAUCCUGCUAUGAUGGUAAUUCCCAUUGAUGAUCACAUGGUUCAUCGAGGGCAUGGGGUGUUUGAUACUGCUAUAAUUUUAGAUGGAUAUCUGUAUGAGCUUGAUGUCCAUCUAGAUCGUUUUCUUAGAUCAGCUGCAAAAGCGAGGAUAUCGUCUCCCUUCCCUCGAACAAUGCUUCGAAGCAUUCUUGUGCAAUUAGCAGCUGCAUCACAGUGCAAGAAAGGGACUCUAAGGUAUUGGUUGAGUGCCGGUCCUGGGGACUUCUUGCUCUCGCCUGCAGGCUGUCUAACACCGGCAUUCUAUGCUGUAGUCAUCGCUGAUGACAUUUUGCAAUGCAAAGAAGGGGUUAAUGUCAUUACAUCCAGUAUCCCCAUGAAGCCACCACUUUUCGCCACAAUGAAGAAUGUAAACUAUCUCCCAAAUGUCCUUGCAAAGAUGGAAGCUGAAGAGCAUGGAGCAUCAGCUUCUAUUUGGAUUGACGAGGAAGGUUACAUCGCGGAGGGUCCAAACGUUAAUGUGGGUUUUAUAACACAUGAUAAGGAGCUUAUUUUGCCUCAUUUUGAUAAGAUCCUUGGUGGAUGCACUGCAAAGAGACUUCUAGAACUAGCACCCAAAUUGGUUGAGCAAGGGAGAUUGAAAAGCAUCAAAACUGCCAAUCUCACGAUUGAGGAAGCUAAAAAUGCAGCUGAAAUGAUGUACAUAGGAAGCACACUUCCAAUAUUGCCUAUCAUCAAGUGGGAUGAACAACCCAUUGGAGAUGGUAAGGUGGGAGAAUUGUCAAUGGCACUGUCUGAUCUGCUUUGGGAAGACAUGGUAGCAGGGCCUGAAACACACAGGUUUCGUAUUCCCUACACACAGUGAGGACAAGCCGACCAAGAUUGCUGAAUAAAUGGUUUCAUGUAGCACUUAGCCGCCUUAUUGCUUUUUAUUUUCUCGUGUACAUUAGCUAAAAGAGCCUUGUGCUUGCCUUAUCUGUGCUCUUGCUGUUUAUGAAUAUAAAAGCAAGUUUGAAUAAAAGUAAAACAAUCUAGAUGCUUGUUUGCAUCAUGAACCUCUUUACUUGAAGGUGACAUUAACAAAAUCAUUCAAAAGCAUAUUUCUGUUGGUG